AUGCUCGCCCUGCACCGGAGGAAGAAGCAAGCAGGCACUGGUCUGGGGGGCAAUUGCACGGGCUGUGUCAUAUGUUCGGAGGAGAACGGCUGUUCCACCUGCCAGCAGAGGCUCUUCCUGUUCAUCCGCCGGGAAGGUAUCCGUCAGUACGGCAAGUGUGUGCACGACUGUCCCCUCGGCUUCUUCGGAAUCCGUGGCCAGGAGGCCAACAGGUGCAAGAAAUGUGGGGCCACCUGCGACAGCUGUUUCAGCCAGGACUUCUGCAUCCGGUGCAAAAGGCGUUUCCAUCUCUACAAAGGGAAGUGCCUGCCCACCUGUCCACCAGGCACCUUGACUCACCAGAGUACCCGCGAGUGUCAGGAAGAAUGUGAGCCAAGCCCAUGGGGCAGCUGGAGUCCCUGCAUACGCAAUGGAAAGACUUGUGGCUCAGGCUGGGGCCUAGAGACCCGGGUGCGGGAAGCUGGCCCGGCUAAGCAGGAGGAGACAGCAAGCUGCCGAGUGUUAUCUGAGUCCAGGAAAUGUCCUAUAAAGAGGCUCUGCCCGGGAGAGAGAAAUCCCAGGCAGAAGAGCCGGAAGGAUCGACGCCAGCGCAAGGACAGGAAGUCGGAGCGCAGGCCGCAGCAGCCUGGCUCACAAUGACGGGCUCCAGCUCCAUCAUCUGGCCUCUGCCCUUCCCUUCUUCCCCUGCUCCGCUCUUUCCCACAUCCUGCCUCUUUCUGCCUUACCUUCCUGUCUGUCUGCGGCACUUCAUCCGUCUCCCUUUUCUUCUCCCCCCUCCCUCCCCUCUUUACUUUCUGCUUUCUUCUUUGGACCUUUCCUUCUCUCCAGGCACCCUUUGUUUUUCAUUUCCUCCUGCUCUACUUUCCGAUCUUCACUGUCCACCCCCACCCCAUACACGGACACACGUAAGAAACUGUGCCUAUGUUCUCCAUGUGGCUCUCGACACCUCAACUCCAACGUAUUUCUUCCAGAUCUUUCUGUGACUCUACCCUGACCCUCAUCUUUGCAGAGUUACAAUUUAGGAGGAAUAGGGAUGGGUGCAACUUGACUGCUCCUGGGAGCCCAGCUUCGAGCCAGAGAGACCCUGCAACCUGAGUGGUGAGCCCUUCGCCAGGACCAGUCCCUCAGGGCCAUUUCUGCAGCACCCAGCCAUGGCCUCUGCAGUGAGGCUACCGGGGAUGGGUUCCGAGAUCUCCCUUGCACCCCUUGUCCAGGAUGGUGGUGUAGGAAUCACUGGGGGCCCUUCGGCUACACAGUGGCCUCAGACCCACCGUCACAUCCUUCUGGAAAUGCCUGCAACACACCCUCAGUGCCCCCUCCAAUCUCCCUCCCAGAGUGCCCGUGACCUUUCCCCCAGCUGACCACCCUCCCAAGGCCUUGGGGGACCCAUGCACAGAAUCAGGUGGGACAUUUAUUCCUGAGGGAAUAAGUCUCUCAUCUCAAAGGCUAUUGAAGUUACAUGGAGUUUAGAGCUGGUCCCACCCACUCUGUUCUCUACCCUCUUCCUGCCUGCCCCUCAUACCCAUAGAGAAACCGACAGCUAAGGAAGCGAUGGGCUGACACCCCCAGCCUUCGCUCAGCACAUCAUGUCUGUGAAGAAGCCUGAGGGCGUUUGGGGAAGCAGUGGGGAAAAUUGCCGGGUCAGCAGUUGGGAUGGCUUCCCACUUACCCACCUCCUGUGUGGACAUCCUGAGGAUCGUCUACUGGGAUUCCUCCAACUCCAGGCAGGAAGGACACUGGGAAAGCCUUCAAGUAGAUCACACUGAUUGGCAGGUCUGUCCUUCCCCCUGCCAUUGGCCCAGGAGCCGUCAUUGUUGCUGGGGAGGAGUUUGGACAGUAGAGCUCAGGGACAGCUGGAGAAGGAUGCGGUACAGGCAAGAGAGACGCGACGCUCCGUGUGAUGUCAUGUCACCACCACCACCACCACCACCACCCCACCACCACCCCCUCACCCACCCCCCCGCAGGCAGUAACCCUCACACCCACCCUACACUUGGCAGGUGAGGGUCCUCAGCACCACUCCUGAUCCUGUAGCUGUGUUCCUCCAUGGUGUCCCACGGAGAACAGCCGGAUCCCCUGCUGGCCAGGCCAAGCCCCCCACUUCUCUGUAGAAGUUCACACCCCUGAAAUGCUUUCUUGUUUUGAGACCCCCUGGCUAUUUUUUAAAGAAAGAGAAAAAGAAAGAAACUCACCAGAGCUUCUUGGGCAUCGGAUAGGGUUAGAACUACCAUGUCCAGAAGUUCACAGUAGCAGAUUCUAAACUCCCUGGGGCAGCUUCCACCAGGAGUGUUCAGGUUGAGAGGGGCCAGGGUUCAUGGGGACUGACGGGACAGGGGUGCUUCCAGACCCUCUUAAGAAGGGGGCUCAGGGGCUCUGUCAUUAAAAUGCUUGCCUUGCUACAGUAGGACCUGAGUGUGACCCCCAGCACCCACAUGAAAAAAGCCAGGCAUGGUGGCAUGCCCUUGUGGUCUCAUAGCACCAGGGAGGCAGAGACACGCAGAUGCCUGGGGCUGAUGGCCAGUCAGCCUGCCCCAAGAGGCAAGCUCCAGGUCAGUAAGGAACCUUGUCUCCAAAACUGUAGCCAGCACCUGACGAACAACACCUGAGGCUACCUUCUGUCCUCUACACACUUGUACACAACAGGCAGAGAGAGAGAGAGAGAGAGAGAGAGAGAGAGAGAGAGAGAGAGAGAGAGAGAGAUCACCUGAGCUUCAGCCGGAGGCAAAAGAUGACAUAUCCUAGCAAAGCCUCAGCAUCAUGAAUUAGUUACAGGCCAGGUCCACACUUGUGCUCUGUUUGACUUCUUAGAAACCCAGAGCCACCAGAAAGAGCACAGUGUCACUGAGUAACGGCUGUGACCUGGGCUUCCUCUAACCUGGUGUAAGCUCAGCCUGUGAGCGGUUGACUGUGAGUCUGGGCCAAGCCACAUGUCCUUCUCCGGCUUGCACUACUCCUUUGGAUGAACGAAGAGGAGGCAAGGCUGGACUCGUCCCAUCGUCUGCAUCUGGAAGGUCCAGCCACGGGCUGGGCUUUAAGGGUUUUUUUUUAAGCUUCAGAUUUCGGGGUCCCACCCCCAGACCUAUACCUUAUGAACAAUCUGAGAAGCAAAUGAGACAAGUGAACUUACUCGAGGCUGAGUUCAGGGUCUGGAUUGAGGGCCAUAGCUCCGGCUCUGACCCCACAGCUCAAGGGUCUGAGUGUGUGGAUAGAUUGGAAACGGAAAUACGUUCUGUCUGGAGUUCUCAAGCCCUGGGCCACUGGAGGCUCUAAAUCCCACAGCUGUUCCAGGACCAGAGUGCAAGGUCUCUGGCCUGCCAUUGUCUAGCCAUGUUCUUUCCCCUGUGAGGUGGGGAACCUGAUACUCUUCUGCCCCUAACUGAGAGCUCUGGGUAUUUUUUUAAAAUAUUGUUUUAAUGUUUCCAGGUUUAAAUGAUUCUCCCAGGGGCCCCCCACUGUAACCUAGGGCUUCUGCCACCUACUACGCUUUUGUGGUCCAUUUCUCCAACCUUCCUGGUAAGGGAAGCUCCAUGUCAUCAAGAACUCAUCUGAACGCCUCUUGUAGGCAAAGCUGGGAAAGUUCAGAAAUGCUCCACUUCUGGAGUCAGGGAGAAGGCCAGUGAGGUUGGUUGGCCCCUCAGUGAUGUUCUAGCGGCAGAGAUGACAUUUUGCCCAUCCUACCCUUUGCCAUUCCUGCUGGACUGCACCAGGCCUGAUGUACCUACUCUGUCCCCAUCUCCACCAGACGGGUCACCAUGGGCUGCCUGUUAUUCCCACAUCCAGCCACUAGAGGGUGUGACUCAAUCAGGAACUGCCAGCCUGUUUGCUGCCCACUCUCUUGAGCUUGGGGGCAUAUUGCUGUCCUGGAGGACAGGGAGAGACUGCCUCCCACCUCAACUGACCAGUGACUUCAGUGGAAUGGCCUUCACAGCAGCACACAAUGUCUAGAGUCCAGACCCGGGCCCCAGGCCACUCCAAGCACAGAACAGAAACCUGACUCAAGACACCAGCCAACAUUCCAGGAGAGCCGUACUGACUGACCUCUGCAGACACCAGCCCCAGGCGACCGUGAACAUCCCAAGUAGUUUUAAGAAAAUUUCAUGCAUCCCGUGGGAUCCUUCUGAC